AUGCCAGCUCAGGGGACAGGGGCCAGAUUCUGCCUCCUGCUUUUCCCCUCUUUGGCCACCAGAGGGCCGAGUGCAGCAGCGACCCAUUCUCCUGAGACAUUUCAGGAGAGCAAAACCUCUGCUUCUUUCCUGUCUUUCCUGCCCAGAAGCAUCAAGGAAAUCAAAGAAAGUUGUGGUGAAGCAAGUGAUGGCCUGUAUUUCCUCCACACUGAGAAUGGCGUCAUCUACCAGAUCUUCUGUGACAUGACCUCUGGAGAUGGCGGCUGGACCCUAGUGGCCAGUGUGCACGAGAACCACAUGCCUGGGAAAUGCACGGUAGGUGAUCGCUGGUCGAGUCAGCAGGGCAGCAGGGCAGACUGCCCAGAGGGGGACGGCAACUGGGCCAACACGUUUGGGUCUGCAGAGGCGGCCACCAGUGAUACAAGGUAGAACCCUGGUUACUAUGACAUCCAGGCCCAGGACCUGGGCACGUGGCAUGUGCCCAACAAGUCCCCCCUGCAGCACUGGAGGAACAGCUCCCUGCGGAGGUACCACACCAACAUUAGCUUCUUCCCGAAUCUGGGACACGAUCUGUUUGGACUCUACCAGAAAUACCCAGUGAAGUACGGAUCAGGGAGCUGUCAGACUGACAAUGGCCCAGCUAUUCCUGUGGUCUAUGACUUUGGUGAUGCUGAGAAAACUGCAUCUUAUUACUCACCAAUUGGUCAGCGGGAAUUUGUUGCAGGAUUUGUCCAGUUCAGGGUGUUUAAUAAUGAUAGAGCAGCCAAUGCCCUGUGUGCUGGGAUGAGAGUCACUGGUUGCAACACUGAGCACCACUGCAUCGGCAGAGAAGGAUUCUUCCCAGAGGCCAAUCCCAUGCAGUGUGGGGACUUCUCCUCCUUUGACUGGAAUGGAUAUGGAGCUCACAGUGGUUACAGCUGCAGCCGGGAAACAACUGAGGCAGCUGUGCUCUUGUUCUACCUCUGA